AUGGCCAAAUCAUUAAGAUCCAAAUCCAAGUUAAGAGCUAAAUCGGUUAAACGUAAAGGUGAAUUCACCAAGUUUGUCGAUUCAAGAAACACUAGAAUCGCUAAGAAAUUAGAACAAGAAACUAAGAAACAGGAUGAAGCCAAGAAGGAGACCACCGAGGAUGAAGCUCCAGUAGAACCAACCAUGGAGGUUGAUGAAGAGAAAUCCGAGAAGAAGGUUAGCACUUCUGGUUGGAGGGACUCAAGAAAACAAAUCUACAAACAAAGACAGCUCAAAAAGAAGGGUAAGUCCCUCAAGUUUUAA